UCCUCAUUACCAUACCAACGUGACGUUAUCGUUUGUGCUGCUGGCAGAAUAAUAGUCGCUGUAGGCCUAUUCAACUACUGCUAUCCAAGAAAGGGCGGCGGCAACCUAACGGACAAAACAAGCGUCAUCAACGUCGCAUUGGCACAUUAAUAACGUGCAGUAAUGAUGAAGCUCAGCUCUCCUCUGGCCGUGCUGUGCCUUUCUCUCCUGCUGCUCAAUGCCCACCUCUCCCUGGCCAAGAGAGGGGGAGGAGGCUUUGGUGGUAAAUCCAGCAUAGGCUUUGGGAAGAAACCUUCUUCCACUUCCAACCGUGGAGGCAGCAACACCCAACGCAGACCCAACCAAGGGACCAAUAACCAGCCAGGGAACUACCCUCGCCAGCCCCAGAGCCCACAGAACCCCCAAGCAGGGUACCCGCAGCAACCAGGAGGUUAUCCACAGCAACCAGGGGGGUACCCUCAACAGCCAGGCAGGGCAGGAUACCCUAACCAAGGUGGCUACCCUAACCAAGGUGGCUACCCUAACCAAGGUGGCUACCCUAACCAAGGUGGCUACCCUGCUGGAGGAUAUCCAGCUGGAGGCUACCCAGGGGGCUACCCGGCAGGAGGCUAUCCAAACAGAUACCCAGCUGGUGGAGGCUAUGGUGGAGGCUAUGGUGGAGGCUAUGGUGGUGGUUAUGGAGGGGGCUACAUGAACCAAAACCCCAACAACCGGAUCCUUAGCCCUGGCUACGGGGGCAGUUACGGCUAUGGGGGGUAUGGUGGUGCCGGUGGCUCCCCGUUCUCCCGCUCCGUGCAGGGGAUGGGGAUGGGACCCUCGCAGCAGUCCAGGGGGUUUGGGCGUAAUGCAGCGAUGGCGGCCGGGGCUGGGGUUGUGGCUGGGAUGGCUCUGGGUUAUGGACUGGGCCGGUUUCCUCGGCCUCACUUCGGCUUUCACAACCCCCAGGAGGAGUACUACUAUAACCACUACAUGUACAGGAGGUACGGCACCAAAUCCACUGAUGACAAUGACUACAGCAGGGACUACCACUUCAGCCCGCCUCCACAGUCCUAUGAUAACUACAUGAAGAACUGUAUGAAGAGGACUGACCUGCUGAGAGGUGGGGAGAAUGGUGGAUCGGAAACAGGAGCCAGAGAGAACCCACCACCACAGGGAGCUGCAGACAGCCCCAGUACUCAGGUAGUCGUACCCAGUGGAGGAGGCACUGCAGUCGGGGAGAAGAGUGAAGAGCCAGCCCCUGUUCCUGGAGGUUCCACCAAUACUACCGACCCCGGUUCCACCCAAGCACCAGGCAGUGGCCCCAGUAACAGCUCUGCCACAGAGGGCAGUUCCAGUGAGAGUAAUGUCACAGCUGAGAGUAACGGUACAGCAGCGACUGAGAAGCCUGUGACCCCUGAACCCUUGAAUCCAAACCCUCAAACCCCCCCUCCUGCAGCCAAGCCCCUCCCUCCAGCCAUAGCUGAGCCUGAGGAUGAUGAUGAGGAAAAUAUAGUGAGCAUCUCUGAGAUUGGCUACCCAGCGCUGAUAGAGCAGAUGAAGGCUCGGAGGUGUGUGGAGCUUUACAUGGUGUACGCCGAACACUACCUGGAGAAAAAGAAGGAGGACAAGGAGAACACGCCCCGGGAAAGACCCAGAGGAGGAGUGGAGAGACUGGGAGGAGGAUACCAGGGACUGCUAGCUGUUCUCACCUCUACUGCACUACUGCUGCUGAACAGCAACAUGCUACUACUGCACUGAGGCAGAGAGAGAGCAAGAAACAGAGAGAGAGGGAAAUAGAGGGAAGAAGGAGAAAGGACACAAUGUUUGCUGCCACGCUAUGUGAGUCAAGAAUGGGGCUGAUGGAGGGAUGCUGGGACAGUCUGUCUUCUUCUCUCAUCCUCCUUUGAUCGACGCCUCAGGACUCUCCAUAAUAAGUGGACUUUUUUGAUUGAUCAAUUCUAUGGAUUUUUGUUCUGUUUUUGUAUUGUUGUUUCUCAUGCACUGUUACUUGCAUUAUAUGAAUCUGUAAUCAUGCGCCCGUGUGUUACUAAAAUGUUGGCACUUUUUCAAAUCCAACUCUGCUGUCCCCAAAGCAUUGAGUUUGCUCCUGCUGUAGCCAAGUACUACAGCCUCAUGCAUGCGGCAUGACUAUUAUAUACAGCAUAUUUCAUAAAUAGGAUAAGUAUUGAUUAAGGUUAAGCAGCGACUGGCUGGAUCACGCCCAGUUCCCAGCACCAACAGGGAUUCCAGGAUAAUUUAGAUGCUGUAUUAUAUGGCAGACAGACUGAAGGGAAAUGGCCAUUUACUCCAUUACAUCACAUGAACUGGAAAUACUAGAGGGGGUGUGUGUGUGUGUGUGUGUGUGUGUGUGUGUGUGUGUGUGUGUGUGUGUGUGUGUGUGUGUGUGUGUGUGUGUGUGUGUGUGUGUGUGUGUGUGUGUGUGUGUGUGUGUGUGUGUGUGUGUGUGUGUGUGUGUGUAGGACUGUCGUGUAAAUAUUGAUUGAGAUAGGAUGACAUCCAUAUUAACAUCAGCUGGGGAAGGGGGAUUGUUGAAUAUGACAGUCAAGUAUGCAUGACAAUGAAUGUGAGCUUUAUAUUAUUGACUAUGGCUUGUAUUUAUUUUAGCUUAAUACAAUACACAUACCUGUACACUUUGAACUGGCUUUUGCUUGUAAGACUACUAAUUACACCAUUCUAACGUAACCUUUUUCGUACAUGGUGGCUGUGAUUUUGCAUAAGCAUGUAUACAUUUUACUACGGUGGCAAAAGAGAAUCCAUUUGACAAACAUUGUUAGCUUGACUUCACCUUUUUAUGGAGGGGCUAACAGUUUGGUCAUAUGCUCUGAUGAGGUCCGAAGACUGAAAUGUUAAUGGGGGGGGGUUAGUACGUAAGCAGUGGGAGCUGCUUCUUUAGAAUCUAGAAUUUAGAUUCUUUAGAAACUAAAGAGACUCUUGUUAGAUGUGUGCUUGGAUCCCUUGUCUUUCACCCAGCUGAUAUCCUAUGUAAUGGAUGGCUGUCAGGUUAUCUGAAUCAAUCAUCCUGUAUCGGGGCUUGAUGUCAUCUUUAUAUGUUAUGUGUCUUUAACAUUGUGGUUAAUAUGUUUGAUACUAUUCCGUGGAUUGAUUUAGUUUGCUUUGUAUUGUUAUUAUAUGUCAAGUAAGCUGCAUGUGCUCAAAGACACUGAUUUCUUUCUUUUGCUCCGACUCCAAGGCCCUUCUCUUUUGUACAUUCCCUUCUUCCCUCCUUCCCCUUUCUGGUGUCUUGCUUUCCUCUCUGGGGUGGUGAAGUGACUGUAGAUUGUUAUGUAAGGGCUCUUGUUGUCUAGGCCCAACCAGGCUUUGAACCAGGCCACUGUAGUGGCAGCCCGACAAGUCAAGGAAUACAGAUUCAGACAAACACUGUCCACUUUAAAGUAAUGGUCUUAGUCAACUUGGUACCUGGUAAUAUUAAGGUAAAUGAUAAGCAUAUGACAAUGAUAUAACUUGAACUAUAACAUUAGAUGUGGGUUCUUGAGAGAAGUAGCUAGAUUGAAGUCUAAAUUAUUAUAAUGUAUGCGUUGGGGUGUAAACAGAUUUAUUUUAAUGGAGUUAGAAUACUUUGGGAAUAUAUUGGAUAGACGAUGGGGGGGCACCUUGUUUACCAUCAUGUCAUAAACAAUUUCUACAUUGUCUUGGGCCUUGAAUGUAUGGGUCUGCAUACUCUGUUAAUGCAAAUACUUCCUCUGUGAUAAAAGAUAAAUGUGUUUGUGUCCAUUCA